CCCUAGACAGGAUUUCAAAUUUUGAAUUCUUUCUCUCUCAAACGGUCGAUAGGGCAUGGAAGAUGUUCAGAGGUUAGACCCGGAGACGGAGUUUCUCUGCUCGAAGCAAGAGACGGGAAACGAAUGGGAACUCUUCAAGGAGAACGUGAGGCCACUGAAGAGAGGCCGUAACAUUCAUCUCUUGAACAACGCUCUCAAAGCUCAAACGGACAAUCAAUUGAAGCAUUCUCUUCUUGAGAACCGAAGGAAGUUGAUACAGGCUAUUGAUGAGUACCAAGGAGAUGAUCCUCUCCAGCCAUGGAUUCAGUGCAUAAAAUGGGUUCAGGAGGCCUUCCCUCCUGGUGGAGACUACUCAGGACUUGUUGUUAUUUAUGAACAAUGUGCACGCACUUUUUGGCAUGAAGACCGCUACAAGGAUGAUCUUCGCUACCUGAAAGUGUGGCUAGAAUAUGCUGAAAAUUGUGUUGAUGCGGAAGUCAUAUAUAGUUUUCUGGAUGCAAACAAAAUUGGGCAAUCACAUUCUUCGUACUAUAUAUCAUAUGCUCUUCACAUGGAGUCCAAAAAUAAGGUCAAAAGUGCCAAUGACAUAUUCAAUCUUGGGAUAGAAAGGAAUGCUCAACCAAUAGAAAAGUUGAAGGCAGCCUAUAAGAAAUUUUUUGCCCGCUGUCUAACAAGACCAAAAGCUACAGAGGAUGACUUAACAGAGAAGCAUUUACCAGUUCGAAGCUUUGGAACUGUCCUGGCUAGAGGAGAAAAUCAAAGACAAACUGCAGGGGGUUCUGAUCUUGCUAGGAAGAAACUGAAGCCAGAUAGGAAUAAUGCAAUUUCCAUAUAUAAAGAUACAGAUACUGGUGUUAGCAUGGUUCAUCAACCAGAUGGUUCAAACAAUGAAUUGAAAUUGUGGCAGAGUCUUGGAAGUCGAGCUGAGAGAAACAAAGAAAAUAAUGCAAUCCCUGCCAAGUGGACAUCAUAUAAGAUUCCACAAAGAGCUGUGCCUAGAAUUGGACGACCAGCUGCAACUCCCAGAAUUGAGGUGUUUGUUGAUGAGGAGUAUGCAGAAAUGCCUGAAAUGGGUGGUGAGGAUGGGAAGCCUUCAACUUCGCAGCUCGAGCAGGGGGAUGGCGUAGACCUUAAGAGGGAAACACAGUUAUUGAGGGAAAAUCCAUUGCGAAAUUUCCCACUCAACAGUCUUCCCAGAUGAUCAGCCAAAAAAUCAGUGGCCAGGGUUAGGAAGCCUUCAACCUUUGCCCACACAAGCAGGGAAAUGGCCUCCUUCUAGAUCAGAUUUACAUUCAUGUUCCUCAUGUUGUUUUAUCUUUAUAAUGGGUUAGCUUUUAUCUUUAAAGCUUGAAGAAGUUGAAUUUUUCCUGUUGCAUGUUAUUUUCUCAAACAUUGACCAUCGAACAAACUGUCCGGGGUAACGAGUUUGUGUCUAUGUUCAUGUUGUUGUGCCAUUUAUAUGGUGUUUUGAUAUUUCUAGGUAAUUCUGAUCCAACCC